GCCCAGUGCAUCGCCUGCAUAUCUCUUCUCUUCACCAGGCCGCUUAUACUUCGCGAUCGCCACCUGGGUUCCGUCAAUGUCCGCAAAAUGACCAUAGAGUCCGAUUCGCCAACUCCUGUACUGCCACCUUCCAAACGACAAGCGCACGAUACGAUCACCCCGGCCGUGCGGACACCCUCAAGGAUAGCUACACCUCCACCGCCGCCCGACCACGGCAGGUUGCAAGCGAUGCCGAACGUGAUAGAUAUGAACAACCCGAAGAGCGCGCGGCAUAGUGGUCGACGGAGCGACAGGAUGAGUCACGGUGCUGUCGAUCCCGAAAGCUUGACGCGCGCCCUCUCGAGGGAGCUUUCGGUAGAUAGACGGGAUAGUGCGUCCGGUGCUAGUCCUAGCAGGAAGCGCCAACGCAUUAACGGGGACAGAUUCAUUCCCUCUCGGUCUGGCCAGGACCUCCAAGCCAGCUUCAGCCUUUUACAUGACGAAGGCUCGCCAGCAACUCCUUCGCGGCAGAAGAAGCGCACACCUCAUGGUGAGCUUCAUUUCCAAAAAACCGAGGAGGCAAACCGAAUUUUUUCGAACGUGCUAAGGGCAGAGCUCUUCGAAAACACAAUACCACAAGCCACCCCGCCCACGUUAUCUCCCGAUGCUAAUUUACCGGGGUCAUCGCACUCGACACAUCCUCACGAUGGCACGAGAUCCCACACGCCGCCUAACAACCCUCCUCCUACCCUACCCCCAAGCUUCACGCCUUCGACGCCACAUAAGAAUCUGUUCUCUUACAUGUCGCCUCGCCAUCACAGCAACGUUGCUGGUCAUCCGACACCCUCAAGAACCCCCCAGAGUCGACAUGGCCCCAACCUAGACAUUCGGUCGGAGAUUUAUAGCCUUUCACCCGUUCGGUUCGGGAGUCAGCAGAUGCUAUUAAGUCCGAGGAGACAGCCUCGGGCGGUCAGCAAGGUGCCAUACAAAGUCCUGGAUGCCCCGGAGUUGGCGGACGACUUUUACUUGAAUCUAGUGGACUGGGGUAGUGCCAAUGUUCUAGGUGUCGGCUUAGGAUCGAGCGUCUACAUGUGGAACGCGCAGACGAGCCGGGUGAACAAGCUAUGCACCCUUGAAGACGACACCGUGACGAGCGUGUCCUGGAUCCAGAAAGGGACACAUAUUGCCAUUGGCACGGGGAAGGGUCUCGUCCAGAUCUGGGAUGCCGAGAAGACCAGGCGUUUAAGAACGAUGACUGGCCAUACCGCUCGUGUGGGGUCGCUGGCCUGGAAUACCCACAUCUUAACGUCGGGGUCGCGAGAUCGCUUAAUAUACCACCGUGAUGUCAGGGCCCCGGACCAAUGGAUGCGCAAGCUUAUGGGUCAUAAGCAAGAGGUUUGUGGUCUCAAGUGGAACUGCGAAGAUGGCCAGUUGGCGAGCGGGGGCAACGAUAACAAACUUAUGGUCUGGGAUAAACUUUCCGACACGCCUCUGUGGAAAUUCUCGGAUCAUACUGCCGCCGUCAAGGCGAUCUCAUGGUCCCCUCACCAACGCGGUCUCCUUGCUUCGGGCGGAGGAACCGCGGAUCGAAGGAUCAUCUUCCACGAUACGGUACGGGGAACAGCCAUUAACGAGGUGGACACGGGCAGCCAAGUUUGCAACAUCUCGUGGUCCAAGAAUUCGAACGAAAUUGUUUCCACCCACGGUUAUAGCCAAAACCAGAUUGUCGUAUGGAAAUACCCGGCGAUGACACAAGUGGUUAGUCUCACCGGCCAUACCUACCGGGUUUUGUACCUAGCAAUGAGCCCCGACGGUAGAACCAUCGUAACCGGCGCCGGCGACGAGACGUUACGAUUCUGGACCGUUUUUGGACGGCGACCGGGCCAGAGGGAAGAUAGCGACGGCGGCGGCGGACGGCUGAGUGACUGGGGCGUCAUUCGGUGACGGAAAGCUAAAUCCGUUUCAUACUUCAACUCCAUCUACUACCCUAUUUCUACGGUGCCAGCUCCUACUCCGCCACGAGGAGAAAAAUCGACGUGUAUGCUUUUAACGAAAUUUUUGAAGGAACUAACAGUGGUUGCAUCCACCGGCGUUCUCACAUGCUUUUGGGAGGCUUCGCAUUUACGAGCCUGCUUCGGCGUUGGCUGUUCUCUUCCUUUUUUGGGUUGUGAGGACGGGGGGAAGGGGAGGGGGGGGCGGGGUCGGGCUGGGGUUUCUAUUACGAUAUCGGGCGGGCGCUGGGCCGAUUGAUCGGCUACUUCCCGUCCCAGUGUCUAUAAUGGCAGUGGACAGUUGUUUUGCGGGUAGGUAGCCAGGCGUUGAGAGAAAAGAGGGUGGGAGGGGGUUG